GAGAGCACAAAAAAUAAAGAAACAAUGCAUAUUUACAAGUGCGGGCUCAUUUUAAAAAUUUGGCAGCACUUGACUUCAAGUGCGGGCUCUUUAACUCAAGUGCGGGCUCGUUUAAACGAGCCGCACAAAAUAUUUUCUAAAAAUAAUUCCCAAUUUUUUUUCAUUUCACUCUUCUCUUCUCUGGUUUCCCUAAAACCUACUCUCACCUCUGGUAUUUCAUUUCCCGCUUCUAUCACCUUCCCCUCUCUGAUUUCUCUUCUCUUCCCCUCUCCGUUUCUCUGGCAGGAAAUCAAUACUAGCAGCACACACCGCACUCCCCACCGUCGCGUCGCCGUUGCUGCUCCCCACCGUCACAUCGCCGUUGCUGCUCCCUACCUCAGCGUCGCCGUUGCUUCUUUCCACCGCCGCGUCGCCGUUGUUGUUCCCCCACCACAAAAUACGUCCUCUUCCUUCCGCCGCCACAACACAAAGGCGUCGCUCCUCCUUAUCUCAUAUAGACGAAGGAGAGAUUGGGCAGAUAUGGUGUCAAAAUUGUGCGUCGUCCGACUCGAAUGGCUGACAAACCUCCUCCUAUUUACAAAGAGGUAUUCAAUAAUCCGAAGGAGCGACCUUUCACCUUUGAGGAGAUAGAUGAAGUUCGAGAAAUGUUGGCAAACUCCAUUACUAGUGAUUGUCUUUGAUAUUUCCUUGUAAUGAAUCUUAAAUUAUGGAUGCUAGUUUUUCAUAUAAUUGGAAUGUAAACGACUUUUAUAUUUACAAUUAUAUACUAUUUAAUUUAAUUAUCUAUAUAAUUGGGUAGUUUUUAUA